AUUUCUUCAUCAUCGUCUUCACUCGCCGUUAUUUUACAAAGCUAACAGUUACCUUUGUCCCUGUCACAGACCGUUAGGUGCUGCCACCUGUUCUUUCUCUAUCUCUCUCUCUAUAAAUAGCUUUCUCUCGAGUCUUGAUUCCCAUCGAAGUUUUUCUCUUUAGCUUGGAAACUAAGAAAACGAAAAUGGAGCGAUCGGUUUCUCUCUCCUUCCUCUCUAUACUGCUACUGAUUAUCUCUCCCCUGUCUUCGGCGAGCUUCAACGAUGGAAUGAGCUUCGCCAAGUCCAGCUUCCCGUCUGGACAGGCUCAGAAGUUCAUCAGGGACCUCAAUCUGUUCCCCCAACGCGAUGUCAAUCUCGUCGACGGUACUGGUUCGCUUGAUCAGUCGAAGAGGCUCGUCGAGAAGAGCUUCAGGAUGCCCAACCUUGCUGACUCUGGUGGUGUCUCUGUCGAGGACCUUGGCCACCAUGCUGGUUACUAUAAGAUUGAACAUUCUUAUGAUGCUAGGAUGUUCUACCUUUUCUUCGAGUCACGCAGCAGCAAGAAGGAUCCUGUUGUAAUCUGGCUAACAGGAGGUCCAGGGUGCAGCAGUGAGUUGGCUGUGUUUUAUGAAAAUGGUCCUUUCAAUAUUGCAGACAACUUGUCUCUUGUUUGGAACCCAUACGGUUGGGAUAAGGCAUCCAAUCUUUUGUAUGUUGACCAACCUACUGGGACUGGUUUUAGUUACAGUUCUGAUAGACGUGAUAUUCGUCACAACGAAGAAGGCGUCAGUAAUGACCUGUAUGACUUCUUACAGGCUUUUUUUGCUGAACAUCCUCAUUUAGCAGAUAAUGACUUCUACAUUACUGGUGAGUCAUACGCUGGGCACUACAUACCUGCUUUUGCUGCUCGAGUCCACCGAGGAAACAAAGUUAACGAAGGAAUACAUAUUAACUUAAAGGGAUUUGCCAUUGGCAAUGGACUUACAGAUCCUGCAAUUCAGUACAAGGCUUACACAGAUUAUGCACUAGACAAUGGCAUAAUAACGAAAUCUGAUUAUAACCAUAUCAACUUGUUGGUUCAACCUUGUGAACUCGCAAUAAAGCUUUGUGGUACUGAUGGUACAGUGUCUUGCAUGGCUUCUUAUUUUGUUUGCAAUCUCGUCUUCAGUAGCAUCCUAGCACGUGCAGGAAAUAUAAAUUACUAUGACAUCAGGAAGAAAUGUGUGGGAAGUCUUUGCUAUGACUUCUCAAAUAUGGAGAAAUUCUUGAACCAGAAACCUGUGAGGGAUGCACUUGGUGUUGGGGAAAUAGAAUUUGUGUCAUGUAGUCGAACCGUUUAUGAGGCCAUGUUGUUGGACUGGAUGAGGAAUCUCGAAGUAGGUAUUCCUGCUCUUCUUGAAGAUGGAGUGAAGUUGCUUAUAUACGCCGGAGAAUAUGAUCUUAUCUGCAACUGGCUUGGGAAUUCAAGAUGGGUUCAUGCAAUGGAAUGGUCUGGUCAGAAAGAGUUUGGAGCCUCUUCUGAAGUUCCUUUCUUAGUUGAUGGAUCAGAAGCUGGAGUUCUAAAAAGCCAUGGACCUCUCAGUUUCCUCAAGGUCUGUUUCACUUUCAUCUGCUCACGCACUAACACACACACACACAUCAUUGUGAAUACACGUUUUAACUUAAAUUUUUUAAAUCAAUUAAAGCAAAUAGAAGCUGACUUAGUUGGUUGGCUUGGAUUAUGAAAAAUCAAACAGGUACAUGACGCAGGCCAUAUGGUUCCCAUGGACCAGCCGAAGGCUGCAUUGGAGAUGCUGAUUAGGUGGACUCGGGGCAAUCUUUCUGAAAUUGCAGUGGAGCCGGACAAUUUGGUUGCUCAGAUGUGAUAUCAUCUCUGGGUGGUGUAUUUUGUUAAGCACUGUUUAAAGACUUCGGAAUGCUUUAGAGGAAUAGCGAAAUAUGUUCAAAGCUGUUUCUUAAUGUGGUUGUAAAUAUUUCCGAAACCCCUGAAUGGUAGUGGGACAUGAUAGUUACAGGAACAAUAACAAUAAUGUACUAGAGGUUUAUUUCCAUUCAUGAUACAUGGCACUCUUUAGUUUUUCUAGUCCUGUCGUGGCUUUGUCCCUUUAACUUGGUAUUAAUGUUUUUCGUUUAUCUGAAACUGAAAUGCCUUAAGUUUAAACGAAUUUCCUGGUUUCGGUUGUUUGAUGGGAGAUUGAGAAAAGGGACAAUAAUUUGGCUCUCCUACGUAGAUGUAAUUCGCGUUUUGGAAACUGGAUCCAUAAUAUAGGUAGUGAUGUAUUUAUAUCUACAUAAUGAAAAUUAAGAUAUGCAUUUGUACUUUUUUAA